CACUGUACGUACUGGUUUGUGUUGCUGUGGGUGAAGCUACAAUUACACUGUACAGACUAUGAGCAAAAUGGAUUUAUCGUGGUUGUUCGGGAAGCAGCAACCAAUUGCAGGUGGACCUCCUCAGCUACCCACAGGAGAUGCAUCAUCAGGGGAUAACGGCAAGGGAGGCUCUAGUGGCGGAGAUGAGGGCGGGGACAAGAAAUGGAGUGGAUUUGACCCAACUGGAUUAGAACGUGCAGCGAAAGCAGUCAGGGAGUUGGAGAAAUCAAAACAUGCUGAUGAUGCAUUGGAAAUUGCAAAAAUGCAAGAGAGGACAUCUCAAAUGGAGCAACAACGAAAAAUUAAGGAGACGGAAGCCGCUUUAUCAAAUCUCCAGCUACAACAGAUUCGCACUCAGGAAGACGAAAAAAGAAAAACUUUGUCUUCUGAGACAUAUGAGCAUCAGAAGAGAGCUCAAUAUCAAGAUCAGCUGGCUCGAAGAAGGUAUGAUGAUCAGUUGAUGCAGCAGAGACAAAUGAACGAAGCUAAUUUAAGAAGACAGGAGGAGUCUGUACAGAAACAAGAGGCAAUGAGGAAAGCUACUGUUGAAUACGAAGCUGAAUUGAGGCAUCAGAAUGAAAUGAAGAGAUUAGAGGCAGAAUUGCUAGGAAAAGCUAAGAUUGAACGUGAAAAUCAAGACUUGACACUUGAAAGGAUACGACUGAAGGCUGUUGAGCAUAGAGAAACAAUACUGGAGUCAAUUAAGUUGGCGGGAAGUGUUAUUGGUACAGGAUUUUCUAAUUUUAUCACAGAUUGGGAUAAAGUUUCAGCCACAGUUGCUGGAAUUGCCUUACUAGCUUUAGGUAUUUAUGGAGCCAAAUCUUCUGUAGGAGUGGCAGCAAAGUUUGUAGAAGCUCGGCUAGGGAAACCUUCAUUGAUUAGAGAAACAUCGCGAACAACAUUCUUUGGAGUCGUUCGGCAUCCAUUUCAAUAUGCUAAACGUCUUUUUGUUCGAUCCGAUGAUGUUCUGAAGGGGAUUAUUCUUGAACCAAGCCUUCACGCAAGAUUGAAUAGCAUUGCCGUGUCAACUCUUAACACGAGACGUAAUCAAGCAACAUACAGAAAUAUUUUAUUGUAUGGCUUGCCAGGGACAGGAAAAACUCUGUUUGCCAAGAGCCUUGCUCAUCAUUCAGGAAUGGAGUAUGCUAUCAUGACAGGUGGUGAUGUUGCUCCACUAGGAAAGGAAGGAGUAACCGCCAUUCAUAAGCUGUUUGAUUGGUCUUCUACUAGUCGGAAAGGGGUAUUGUUGUUUGUGGAUGAAGCCGAUGCUUUCUUGCAUCAGAGAACAAAGGAUGUGAUGAGUGAAGAAAUGAGGAGUGCAUUGAAUGCGUUUCUGUACCGGACAGGAGGACCAUCUAAAAAAUUCAUGCUUGUUCUUGCAAGCAAUCAGCCACAUCACUUUGAUUCUGCUAUCAAUGACCGUCUAGAUGAUAUGGUAGAGUUUCAUUUGCCAGGAAAUGAGGAGCGCCAACGUAUGCUUCAUCAUUAUUUCAACGAGUUUGUUAUAAAAUCAAAUCAGUUGGGAUGGCUGCGUCAAUCAAAAAAAAUUCAGUUAGAAGAAAUUAAUGUGGACAUGAAAAUGAAACAAUUUGCAGACGAAACAGAUGGCCUUUCAGGACGGGAAAUAGCCAAGCUGGCACUAGGGUGGCAGGCUCGUGCAUAUGGGUCAUCAGACAGGAAACUGACAGAAGACAUGAUGAAUGAUGCGGUUAAGGAAAUGAUGAAACAGCACCAACAGAAAAUAGAAUGGAAAAAAUAGGAUCCAUUUUUUGUACUAGAAAUCACGAGACAGACUGUUUCUGAUAAAAAGGUAGUUGAUACAGUGAUGCAUGUACAACUGUUACACCAGCUGCCUGCUUUGCUUUGAAGACCAGUCAUACAUCUCAUAGGCAGUCUACAGCUAGUCAUCAUGGGUCACUUUGGAACUGAUUGAUAAGUGUUGCAGGUGAUUCAAGAUUUGUACAUCUGAAAAAGUGCUCAGCUACUGAGGAGGAUAAAAUGUGUCUGACCUAUUCUAGACGCAUCAUUCCUUUUCAUUGGUCUUGAUUUGUUUCCAAUCGGAAAGAAUGCAAAAAGACAGAGUGCUGGAAAACGUUAAAAAUUCAUCUUCACCAUCAAUGUGAUUGCCGGCAUGCUUCCUCUAUGGCAGAGCUUCUAGCAUAACUCUUUUUCCAGUGUAUAGGGUAGACUGAACAACUGUGAGAAAGAUUAGUGCUGCUUUGUCUACCUCUUCUUGUAAUUAUAGUUAAAUGCAUUGCUAUGUUGUUAUUCCUGUAAGUUGCUCCCAACA